GAAAGUGCACAGUGGCAAGGCUACAUUUCCAAGGGGGGCCAUGCUUGCGUUGCUAGCACCCAAGAGGUAACAUGGUACUAAGUUCUUCCACUUCCCUUUUUCAAUUUUUGCAGCUCUUCUCUGAGAAACAUCUUCCCACCUUCCUCUUUUGGCAGAGAUAAGCCUGACUCGCUGAGGCAAGCAUGUCCUGUCCUGAGCUCCGUCGGUUCCUUACACAUCUGUGGCCGCUCCUGCUGAUUCUGGCUCCUGGAAGAGAACAAGCAGAUGUACCUCCAAAAGCUGUACUUCUGCUUGAUCCUCCAUGGUCCACAGUAUUCAAAGGAACAAAGAUGACUCUCCGAUGCAUGGGAUUCCAUUCCCGAACUACAGGAAAAAUAUCUUGGUUGCAGGGCAAGAGGUAUUUGAAUGAAGUAUCUGAAAGCAUCAGUAUUAAAUCAUCUGGGAAUUACCAAUGCAAGACCCCUGAAUCCUCUCUCAGUGACCCAGUGCACGUGGAAUUUUCCUCUGGCGUACUGAUCCUUCAGGCUUCACACCCCAUCUAUGAAGGAGAUAAUGUGACCCUGAGAUGCCAAGGGAAGAAAGAAGAGUACACAAAGGAGAAGACAUACUACAAAAAUGGAGAACAACUUCAUGAUACUUAUAAUUUAGAUAGCAUCACUAUAGAUUCAGUUUCCAUGUUCCCUGGCACAUAUCAUUGUACUGCUUCUGUAAAAUUUUGGUCAUUUGAUAAGACAAGAACUUCAAACUCUUUAAAGAUUCAAGUUCAAGAACUAUUUCCACGUCCUGUGCUGAUUGCUAGCUCCUCCCGGCCCAUAGAGGAUGGCCCAGUGACUCUGACCUGUAAGACCCAGCUCGUCCUGCAGAAACCAGAUAUCCAGCUCCAGUUCUGCUUCUUCAGAGGUGACCAGACCCUGAGGCUGGGCUGUAGCAGCUUCCCAGAGCUCCAGAUACCUUCUAUGAAGACUGAAGAUUCAGGGUCCUACUGGUGCCAGGCAGAGACUCCCAGGAUCAAAAAAUGGAGCCUGAGAUCCCAAAUAUAUGUCCAGAGGGUCCCUGUGUCUAAUGUGACUCUGAGGAUCCAGCCUCCAGAGGGGCAGCUGAUUGAAGGACACAACCUGCUUCUCACCUGCUCAGUAACAGAGGGCACAGGGCUUAUUACCUUCUCAUGGCACAGAGAUGGAACAGGCAUUCUGGGCAGAAAGACCCAGCGUUUCCAGCUGGCAAAGCUGCAGGUGUCCAAAGUGACGGAACACCAUGCAGGGAGAUAUUACUGUUCAGCUGACAAUAAUAAUGGUCCCAUUCUCAGCAAGAGGACUCAAGUCACUGUGAAAAUUCCAGUUUCUAGCCCAGUCCUCACCAUUAGGGCUCCCAGGGCCCCAGCUGUGGAGGGGGAUGUGGUGGAGCUGCACUGCCAGGCCCUGAGAGGCUCCCUCCCCAUCUUGUACCUGUUUUAUCAUGAGGACAUGACCUUGGGGAACAGCUCAGCUCCCUCUGGAGGAGGAGCAUUUUUCAACCUUUCCUUGACUGAGGAACAUUCUGGAAAAUAUUCAUGUAAGGCUGACAAUGGCCUGGGGUCCCAGAGCAGCCCCAAAGUGAUCCUGAAUGUCACAGUUCCAGUAUCCUGCCCUGUCCUUACCUUGCGGUCCCCUCAAGCCCAGGCUGUGGUUGGGGACAUAGUGGAACUUUACUGUGAGGCCCAGAGAGGCUCUCCGCCAAUCCUGUAUCGGUUUUACCAUGAAAAUGUCACUCUGGGGAGCAGCCCAGCUCCCUUGGGAGGAGGAGCAUCCUUCAACCUCUCGUUGAACACAGAACAUGCUGGAAACUACUCCUGUGAGGCUGAUAAUGGGAUGGGAGCCCAGCGCAGUCAGGUGAUGACACUCAGUGUCACAGAAAUUUCUAGGAACAUAGCUGGUCCUGCCACUGGAGGAGUCAUUGGGGGGUUGUUUGGUCUUGUGCUUUCUGCUGCUUUGCUGUAUCACUUCAGGACCCAAAGGAACUCAGGAGAAGCUUCUGCUACAGCAAUACCUAGUUAUAGUCCCAAUGAAAGUCAAGAGCCCCCCUCGUCCAGACCCUCCACAACCAACACUGGAGAGCCCAUGCCUUAUGAGGCACAGGCCCUAAGAGACCUGCAGCCAGUUUACAGCAAUGUAAAUUUGCCAAGGAUGCAUUGGGAAGAUAAGGAACCUACAGUCAUUUAUUCAGAGGUGAAGAAGAUACAUGCAGAUGGAUUUACAAAGCAGACCAGCAGGAGAGAGAGUGACCAUGCAGAUGACACAGGAAACUAUGAGAAUGUCUGUUGAGUAUCUGCAGACUCGGAUUACUAACUCCUUCUCCAGAGUGGCCCACAGAGACUGUAGGAGCAGCUGUACUCGUCUCCUCUUUUCUUAGGCUUCUCCCCAAGACUCUGUCUCCACGCACACCUGCAUAUCAUGGAUGUGAAGCUGAGCAAAGGGUUUCCCACCUCUUCUGCAUCUGGGGCUGCAUGUUCUGUAAGAGCAGGAUGUGCAGCAUUUGAGCAAGUGCUGCAUUCUUGCUAAAAGAAUGGUUUGUCCUCUGGGGCUGUGCAAUAGAUGAGGAGCUUGUCUAGCCUUGGUCACAAGGGCUUUACUAGUGGAAUUAUAGCAAACACACAAAUAAUUCUAGGCAUCAUCAUUUCAUUUUAUGGAUGAAAUAGAGGCUCACAGAGGUGCUUAUCCAAGGUCAUAUGAAAACAAAAGCAGGAUCUAAACUUAAAUCUGAUCAGCUCUGAAGUCUGUGCUCUCAAAUGCUACACUACUCUGCUUUUUCUCUUCAAGGUUGAUCCUAGAAUUCAAAAGAACCAAACAGUGCUGUGGAAAGGAAAUUACAUGCAGUUUACUAAACAGCUGACUUAAGCAUGUAUCAAUGAUAUUUAGGUUUGGUCUAUUAUGAGCUUCUAAUCCUUCUCACUAAACUGUGCUAAGGCUCUCUUCUUUCAUUGUCUUGGUUUUGCUUCAUUGAUCCCUUAUUUUUCCCUCAAUGAUCAUUUUGUAUGCAAUUUGCAUCAAAAUGGUUUUUCUUGUCUGGGAGGCUUUGAAUGCUAUUUGCAUAAGUUUCACAGUCACUGUUGAAAUUGCUCAAAGUAUGGAAUCCUUAUCAAAUCUGUUUCUAAGGAGAUUUGCUUUCCAGCAAUGCCAAGUGCUAUAUGAAGCAAUAUGUGUCUCCACCUGUCUUAAUUUCUUUUCUCAUUGCUGAGACAAAAUACCCAAUACAGAAACUAAAGGAGGGAAGGUUUAUCUAGCUCACGGUUUUUAGAAGUUUUGGUCCAUUGUUGGCUGGCUCCAAGGCAGGGGUUGUUACAGGAGGGGAGCAUUGCGGGAAAGAAACAGUCCACAGCAAACAGGCAGGUGACAAGAAUGCAUUAGCCCUCCUUCUAUGCUUCGUUUUUAUGCAGACUACCUCCCCUAGGGAAAAUAUAGCACUCACACCCUUAAUUCUAGUAAGAACUAUGCCAAACCAGUCAGUAAUCACACACCCUUGAUCUCAGUACCACACACUCUGGAUCCAACCAGCUCUGAGCCCCUCUCCCUCAUAUCUGUAUGUGGCUUUAGGGGUCUUUUAAACACCAGCUGCAACACUGUCUAUGUAUGUGCUAUUUCUUCAUGAGAUAGACACCAUUUUUUAAAAAUUAAUUCAUUCUAUUUAAUGAAUAGUGAGCUUCUAAGUAGUCUUAUUAGAUCAACACAUGAUAGAUAGAUAGACAGAUAGAUAGAUACAUACAUACAUAAACAGAUGGAUACAUCCCCAAUCAAACAGCAGCUAUGGUCUUCAAGAAACCUCCUUUGUCCUGGAUAAGAUGUUCCUCUUGUCUGUAGCAGCCCAGUGUUACUGCUUAGCUUGAACACUUGCUAUUUGGAUCUAAUGAAGCACAGCCCCAAACCAGUAAAUCGGAUGAUUCAUACAACUCAGAUGGCAAAGCUCUUGUUCACUCAGGAGCCAUUGUUACCUGAGCUGGUAGUGGAGGUAGAGACACAGAGUACCAAUCAGUAAGCCCAUGGGAGAAUAGCACCCCCAACACUCCAGCUCAUGUACUUCUCAUUUACUUCCCAGUUAACUGACAAUCAUUGAGCAUCUAUCACUGAAGAACAGCAAAUGAAAAUAUGUCACUCUGCUUAAAUUUCAGGAAAAUUGGCAGGAUCACUUUUGCUUAGAUUCCAUAUCCAACUGGAAGUACAGGUUUUUUUCUGAGUUGGAGAAGGAAUGACUGAAAUUGUUAGUCUUGAUCAUGUGGUAUUACAUGAAACUUUAUAACUUUGAAAACAUUAGGCCUUAAGAACAGAAGCUGGUAAGGUCGCUGGUGUACAAUGACUGGCAUGAUUUAUAGACUUCAUUGAUUUCACACCUGGCAUUGUUCAUCACCUCAUGUAAAUAACACGACAAUGCUUUGCAAACCUUGAGAACAACUCAAACAUGAAGAUAGGAAGUGUAUUUCAGAUUUUAUGCUUUUCCCCUUGGCUGUCAAUAGUUUGGACAGAAGAAAGUAUUGCAUGUGUCAAAAUGCAAUUUAAUUUGAAGUUUUUAAUCUUAGACUAAUGAAUUUAACUAGCAAGCUAAUUCACUGAGGAAAAGUUCAUUUUCUUUUUAGUGAGGGAAUACAUAUUUUUAUUAGGAAAGAGGGGUUUAUGUGUCAUGUUUCUGUAUUACUAGACACAAAAUACAACUAAGAAUGGUGGGCCUGGCCCUUAGAGACACCAAAAAAUUCAGGUGGAGUCUGUAUAUGCUUAAAAUACACUCCAAAUGCCUUCCUAUCUGGUGUUACAGGAAGGUUAAAACUGUUGUAUAUGAGGGGAAGAAGGGAUGUUACUCUGUGCCUGCCAUGAGAAACCUAUUUAAAAGAUUGGGCAUCACAGGCAAAAUAUUUCCUCUAUUGAUGUACGCAAGAGAAAAGCUCUAGGCUAGGAGAAGGAAUAGGAAUAAGGCAGAGUCCUAUGGGUUCAACAGUCAUUCUCCCGAGGAGUGAGUCAGUGCUGCAGGUGGCUCUGAGAUAGGCAGCUUUUGGGAUGAAGGGCAUUAGGAAGUUACAGAUGUAGGCAGCAAGAAGGGGGUUCCUCUGGGUGCAGACUAGCUCUGCAUGAACUAGAGACCUCGUUUUAGAACUCUAUCUAGGUCUUCAGAAUAAGAACAAAUGCUAGUAGCUUUAAGCAGUCAGAGAGAGUCUAAGGAGGGUUUGGAGAAGAUUCAAGAGAAAGUUGUUUCCACACAAUUAAGAAAGUAUCAGAAGAGGGUUACGGAUACAGUUC